CGAUACUGCCGUGGAGGAGAGUGUUCUGAUACACCGAGUCUGUGACCUCGCAAUAAGCUGCAACAUCGUCUCAGUGUCCCACUCGCUCAUGGUAGAGUCUGUCUCGUCAUGACAGUACAGCCUUCCGUCGAUGCUGGGAUAUCGGCUGUGCAGCUCGACCGUACAGACGGCGGUCUUGCAACGCACGAGCAGUUCUGGCGCGAUCGGCAACCUUGGCUCCAGGAGCGGGGAUACAUGUUACGCCCACGAUACAGGCCAGACUGGAAGCCCUCGUGGUUGGGUACAGACAAGUUCUACAGAGAUUGCGAAGAUGGCCAAAGCACGCUGAUGCCGACCAUUUUGGAUGCCACUCGACAGUCCGAUGGUUUGUUGGUGACAUUGAAGAGGGUCGAUACUGCCGUUCAUCCGUUCGAGGUUGAAAUUGGAGAAUUCCUGUCGUCUGAGCAACUAGCACAGGAUCCUCGGAAUCAUUGCGUGCGCAUCCUCGACGUGCUGCAGGAUCCGAUUGACUCCAAGCUGUCAAUAGUUGUCAUGCCUCUCCUCAAGAGCUAUCAUAAGCCAGAGUUUUUAACGGUAGGAGAAGCUGUCGCUUUCUGUAUACAGAUGAUUAAGGGACUACACUUCAUGCACGACCAUCUUGUCGCUCACCGGGAUAUAUCAACUCGGAACGUCAUGAUGGACGCAGUACCAUUGUACUCAAAGAAGUUGUGGCAUCCUGAAUCACCUAGGUAUACUCGCGACUUCUCCGGAAGCGCGAAGCACUUCAGCCGUACCGAGCGACCGAUGAAAUACUUCUACAUUGACUUUGGAUUGUCACGCAAAUACGAGCCGGAAGAUGAGUCACCACGGGAGCUGCCAAUCUUGGGCGGCGACAAAAGCGUCCCGGAGUUCCAAGGAGACGGCUACGAUGCGCCGGCGGAUCCCUUCCGUACCGAUAUAUACUACCUCGGCAAUCUUUUCCGGCUCACGUUCUUGAAUCACUUCCGCGGAUUCGAGUUCAUGGAAGAGCUCGUGGCAGACAUGGUACAAGCCGACCCGGGGAAGCGACCGACCAUUGCUGAGGUGGAGACGCGUUUCAACGACGGCUAUCGCCGCCUGUCGUCGUGGCAGCUUCGGUCGCGGCUAGUGCAUAGAGGUGAAAAUGGCUUUGUGCGUGCCAUACUGGACACGAUGCACUUCUUCGUGAAAGCGCAGUCCGUCGCCAAGCGGCGGCCUCCCAUCCCGAUUCCCUCUUCAUGAUCUACCUGCCUCGGUGGAUGCAAUGGUCGUACUCUCCACGCUAUCGUCGCUGUUUUUCUACCUGUACUUUGCUGGAUGCUAUCACAGUUCUUGAUUAUGGAUCGAACAUCCGACCGUAUACCCUGUUCCAUCCCUGUUCUCACUGCGGUGCGAGUCUUGCCAUGAUCGUUUCAGGAACACAUGGAUCCUGAGGUCUGUACCACGGCCUGGGUCAUCAACGCUAGGUUGCAAUUGUUGCACCUUCCUGCGGCGGACCUGACCGACAAACAACACCUUCCACUACGGGCAUGGUGCACCUAUCGGCUGGCA